AUGGCCUCAACCUCAACCGCUCGCACAUUUCUCGCCUACCAGCACAAUGCCAACCUGCACCGUCUACAGACCGUGGUAACGGGCAUUCAGCCGUUCGCAAAACUCGAGGACUCCAACCGUCAGCUCUUUAAACAAGCCAGCGACGACUACGAUCAUGUGGUCGUGACGCAGCAGACCAUUUUCCAUCCGCAAGGGGGCGGCCAGCCCUCCGACGUCGGGAAAAUGGUCAGUCCGUCCUCGGGGACGGUCUUCGAGGUGACUGCCGUGCGCAUGGAUGCCGUUCACGACGGACAGGUCCUGCAUCUGGGACGAUUUCACCCCUCUCCGACUCCGACUCCAUCUCCCGGUGAAUUCACCGCCGAUGAGACCGUUGAACAGACCAUUGACGUCGACCAACGACUGCUCUUCUCGCGCUUGCACACAGCGGGACAUGUCCUCGGAGCGGCGGUCAAUCAUCUGCUGGGGAAGGAAGUACCGGAUUUCGAGGAGUUGAAGGCGUCGCAUUUCCCAGACUCGGCGUCGUGUGAGUUCCGGGGUCUCAUCGAGGGGAAGUGGAAGGAGUCGAUUCAGAAGAAAGUGGAUGAGUUGAUCGCAGCUAAAUUGCCCGUGCGGGUGGAAUGGUGGGAUGAAGAUGAUUUCCGCGUCCGCGGCCUGCAGCGGUUGAUUCCCGAUCGCAGUCUGGUAGCGCCCGGGGAGAAGUUUCGUGUCGUCAAUAUCGUGGGCGCCGAGGUGUAUCCCUGUGGUGGAACGCAUGUCGAGACCACGGAUCGUUGUGGCGAGACCACUGUGAAGAAGAUCUCGCGGAAGAUGGGUAUAUCGCGGGUGAGCUAUACAGUGCGUAAAUAG